AUGUAUCUACAAUCUCACCAUGGAUCAAUGUAUGGUCCUGGAUCCUACAAGGGAUGCCAGCAAGGUAGCAAAUUUGGUGGCAGUACUACAAGUUGGAGUUCUGUUGGCCGCAGAUUUGGUACUAUCGACUUGAGUGGCAAUCAACAAAGGGGCAACAUGCCAUUUUGUAGUCACAAUGGCUCUCUAGAGUUCAUGAAUGAGCAAAACCAUGGGCCACACGCUACAAAACCUAAGGUACAAGGCAUAGAGAACACCUCAAGAGAUGAGAGAAGCGAGAAAAUUGUUCCUCUGAUUGAUAGUGAACUGUACAAUCGCUCUGAUUUUAUAACUGAGUACAAGGAUGCCAAAUUCUUUGUAAUAAAGUCCUACACUGAGGACCAUGCACAUAGGAGCAUUAAGUAUAAAGUUUGGGCCAGCACAGCCAGCGGGAACAGAAAGCUGGAUUCUUCUUACCAUGCAGCCAAAGAGAAAGAAGAGCAUUGCCCUAUUUUCUUGUUUUUCUCGGUUAAUGGAAGUGGCCAAUUCUGUGGCAUGGCUGACAUGAUUGGAUCUGUCGAUUUCGACAGAAGUGUUGAUUAUUGGCAGCAGAAUAAGUGGAGUGGCCAGUUCCCUGUGAAGUGGCACAUAAUUAAGGAUGUACCGAACAAUCUUCUGUGGCACAUCAUUCUUGAGAACAAUGACAAUAAACCUGUCACAAAUAGCAGGGACACACACGAGAUGUACCGUAUCAAUACUUAA